AUGCCGCUUGGGGCCCGCUCCGCUGCGGCUGGGGCCGGCUGGGCCAUUCUGAACGCCACUGCCUACAAGGACGGCAGCCUCAGCACCUUUGAGGACGAGAGCGACACCGAGGGCAACGCCAACGCGGCCCUGGAGUUCUUCACGGACCUGAUGCUGGAGCAGUACAUGGACGGCUGCGAGGUGGACUGCGACAUCGUGCUGUCAAACGGCAAGGUGGUCUACGCAAACGUGGUCGACAACGGCCCCACGCAGGAGCCCUGGUUCCAGGAGACCAACACCAACUCCCCCAGCCUGCUGAGCGCGCAGCAGCAGGCGGAGCUGAUUGAGUGCGCCACGGCGUCGCUCAAGGCGCUGGGCCUGACGCACGGCGUGCAGCACACCGAGCUCAAGUACACCUCGCGCGGCGCCCGCCUGCUGGAGGUGCGCGGGGCGCCAGGGGGUGUCGGCCCCGCGGCGCACGCCGCCGCGCGGUGGGCGGCGGCACGGCUCUGGAUGAAGGCUUCGCCUGGCGAGGUGAACCCCCGCAUGGGCGGCCGCGGCGUGCACACGAUUAACAAGCUCUCCACCGGCGUCUGCAUGGUCACCGAGCAGCUGCUCGCCAGCUGCGGCCUGCCCUGCGCGCCGCCGCGCCCGGCGGCGCCGCUGGCGUGCAUCGGGGAGUACGGCGUCGUGUCGCCCGCCAGCGGAAUCCUGGCAGACAACUCUGUCAUCGAGAAAUGGGCCGCCCACCCGGACGUCGUGUACUGCCGGCCCCUGGCCGACGUGGGCGCCAAGAUGACGUGCGCACAGGACGGCUUCCCCACCUGGAUCGCCGAGGUGAUGGUCCGCAAGGCGACGCCGCAGGAGGCGGUGGAAUUCGUGCAGUCGGUGCACGAUGACAUCCUCGCGAGCGUGAAGAUCACGCCCGCGUCCGCCAGCAAGGCGGCCGGCAAGGCGGCGAGCGAGGAGUGA